AUGAAUCCAUCCAUUAAUGCCAGAGAUCUUCGUAUUUGUGAUGAUUAUCUUCAGUUUCAAAAUCAUCUAAAAGAUUUACGAAAACUAGACGAUUUAAUAAUCAACACACUGAAUACAACUGUUCUUACAGCUACAUUUCGGUCUCAAGGUUCUGAUGCUACCAAGCAAUGUCAACAACUGGGAGAUGAAAUUGCAACGCGUACAGCUUAUCGAAACGAACUCAUUUCAUCAUGUUUAUCUCGCACUAGCGAUUUAAUGGCGCAAAGUGAUAUUAGUGAAGCUCAACGAAAAGCAUUGAUAUUUCAACGACGUCAAUUGCAAAAUGAACGUAACGUCGAAGAAAUUGUGCGUACAAAUACGGAAAAAGCCUUCUAUGAACGUUGUCGUGAUUUUUACACUCCUUCUAAAACUGCAGCAGUCCCUCCAUAUAAGAAAUGA